AUGUCCUUAGCUAAAACAAGAUUGCAAGAAGAGAGGAAACUCUGGAGAAAAGAUCAUCCUUUUGGAUUUUUUGCUAAACCAGAGAAAUCAGCCGAUGGAUCUUUGGAUUUGACCAAUUGGAGGGCAGGAAUACCCGGUAGAAAAGAUACUAUAUGGGAAGAAGGAAUUUAUCCUAUAACCAUAAAUUUCCCUAAUGAUUAUCCAUCUAAACCACCAAAAGUCAAAUUCCCGGAGAAUUUCUAUCAUCCUAAUGUUUAUCCCAGUGGAACAGUUUGUUUAUCAAUUUUAAAUGAAGAACAAGAUUGGAGACCUGCUAUUACGAUAAAAGAUAUUGUUUUAGGAGUUCAAGAAUUAUUAAGUGACCCAAAUCCUGAUUCUCCAGCACAAGAACCUGCUUGGAAAGCUUUUGCUAAAGACAAAGAAUUAUAUACGAGAAAAGUUAAAGAACAAGCCAAAAGAUAUCAAAAUUAUAACGCUUAA